UUUGUUUUUAAUUAGAUAUUAAAGAUGUUCGGUUCCGUGGUUCGUUGUUUUUAACGAGUUCUGUCCGUUCUGUGCCGUUUGAGCCAGACUCUGGUUGAACAAUGUGUAAUUCAAUCCGACAUUUAACAAUAAAUAAAUAACAAUCAACACGUUGUCAGGGUUGUUUAUGUGAUCGUGAGUUCUGCUCCCACUCAUCGAUGACCUGACACGUGACGUUUGAUUCCAGAUGACCGUCCAUAACUUGUACAUCUUCGACCGCAACGGCAGCUGCCUGUUUUACAACGAGUGGAACCGGAAGAAGCAGGCCGGGAUCUCCAAGGAGGAGGAGUUUAAGCUGAUGUAUGGGAUGCUCUUCUCCAUCCGCUCAUUCGUCAAUAAGAUGUCUCCUCUGGACAUGAAGGAGGGCUUCCUGUCCUUCCAGACCAGUAAGUACCGGCUCCACUACUACGAGACGCCCAGUGGACUUCGCUUUGUGAUGAACACGGACCUGUCUGUCCCCACGGCGCGGGACACGCUGCAGAGCAUCUACAGCAACCUGUACGUGGAGUGCGUGGUGAAGAACCCUGUGUGUGUGUUGGGUCUCAGUCUGGACAGCCAGCUGUUCAGCAGCCGCCUGGACGCCUUCAUCAGAGGGCUGCCCUUCUACAGUUUCUCAGAUCAGGGCUAUGCCACUCAGAGCAGCAGCCUGGGAAAAAGGUCGCGAAAGUCGCUGUAA